AUGGACGAGAGCUUCUUUCACACCUCGUUUCAGGAUAUUGGCAAGAAACUCAAAGCUUGCAAUGACACCCUGGGAGAGCUCCAGCAGCUCGGCGUCUCUCAUGAUGUGCAACUCCCCGAGCUUGUCCUUGUCGGCGAUCAGUCGGCGGGCAAGUCUAGUCUCAUGUCUGGCCUCGCUAACCUGGAUCUGCCUCGGAGCGAGGGUGCAUGCACUCGAUGCCCUCUACACAUUCGCGUCUCCCGCAACGCCGAAUGGUCCUGUCGAGUUUGGCUCCGCAAAGAAUACUCGUAUGGGCCGACCCCUAACCGCCCCAUCCACGAAUCCGAUGUCACGAAGCAUGACCCCUUCUUUCCCUGGAGAAAGCUGCCCAGCACUGCUGUUUUGGAGUUUAAAUCUAUGCACGACAAGAGCGAAAUCGAAGAGGUCUUGCGCUGGGCUCAGAUUGCCAUCUUGAAUGAUGACAAGCCCCCCGUUCUCUUUGUCCCCGGACGAGGCUCCAUUGCCAUGAAUACGCCCAUCGACAAGGCAGCAGAGGAGACCUUGGCAAAGUUCUCCCCCAACGUUGUUUCUCUGGAGAUCAAGGGCCCUGACUUGCCUGACUUGUCCUUUUACGAUAUGCCGGGCAUUUUCCAGAAUCCUGCUGAUGCCAACGACGAGUACCUGGUCAAUGUGGUUCGAAAUCUCUCGAGCGCCUACAUCCAGCACCCCUCUGCCAUCAUUAUUUGUGCCAUGCCCAUGAAUAGCGACGCUGAGAAUUCAGCAACCUUCGGUCUCACUCGCAGAUUGCAAGCUAAGGACAGGACAAUCGGAGUGCUAACCAAGGCAGAUCUCUUGCCUGACGGUGGUAACCAUACCCAGUGGCUCGAAAUCAUGAAGGGGCAAGCUCACUCAACCGGCCUGGGGUAUUUCAUAACCUCCCGCCCCCAGGGUAAGGACUUGGAUGAAUUGAAAAAGUGGGAGGAAAGGAUGUUUGAGGACGAGUCUGUAGAUAAAUGGCCCGGUGCGUUCCAUGCAUUUGUCGACCGUUGUGGCGUUGAAAGGCUCAAGGCUUUCCUUUCUGAGCGACUUGGCGAGGAAUUUGCGAAAAGUUUGCCAAACAUCAAACACAAAGUCAAAUACCAUCUCGAUAAAGUCACCAGACAGCUAGCCAACCUUCCCGAGCUCCCCCACAACGUGGAGCUAGAGAUCCAGACCUGCCUUAACAGUUUUGCUGAUACUGCGCGGCUGAAGAUUGACGAGUUUGCGGCUCGCAUAAACAGCUUGCCAACCAACUUUCGAGACUGCCUCUUGAAUAGCAAGCCCAAGUUUACUCUCAAGGACCGCACCGAUACCCAAGUGGUGGAUCUCAUAGAUGAUGAUGAGUCCGAUGCGGCCUCUGUCGGUACUGCCGCAACAAGCUUCGUCACUCCCUCGAAGCGACGAAAUACAGCACCGGUCGCAACGCCAUCGAAUAAGCGGACGAGAACAGAUUAUCCACUCAACGGUCUCAACGGGACGCCGCACACGAUCAAGCCCGAGGAAGCUGGCUUUGCUAAUGGCAACAGCUUUGGUUCUCCACGGUCACAGAAGCAGUGUUUCCCGGAACCGUUUACAGAGUUCAGCGACAUUGGCCGAGGAUUUCGCACACUGCGACAGGUGAAGGAGGAGAUUCAGGCCAAGAUGAAGGCAGGCAUGCCAAGCAUCAUCCCGCCAGAGGUCUACAACGAUUUGGCCAUGGAAGCCAUCAGACCGUGGAAUGGGCCCACCAGUGUGUAUCUGAGAGAAGUGAUUCGGCAGCUUGCAGCCGAGCUCGAUACGGCGCUUAACCAAUCCCUUGAGAACCUGAAGAAGCGGUUCAUAUACACAGAAGCCAAGCGGCACCUCAAGAGCUGCCUGGAUGAGCACUGGAAAACGACGCAAAAAGAUCUCGAUGCGCUCUACAGUGAUGAGUCAGAAAGAGUCAUGACAUACAACACGGAAGCAUUUGACCAGUGCCUCAAGAGCGAGCGAGCUGUGCUGACUCAAUUCCGCCAUCAUAUGAGAAUGGUGGGAGCCGGCUACGCACAAAAGACUCUCGUGCCUUGGGACGUGCUGACGGAGGAGAAGCAAGCACAGGAGGUCAAGCGACGGGAACUGGAGCAAACCAAACUGAAGCCGGAUGAUUUCGAGCGGGAGGUUGAGGUUGUUGCAUACGUUAGGGGGUACUACAAACUCGCCGCCCUACGAUACUCCGACGCCGUGACGCAGCGCAUCGUCUGCCGUAUGAUUCCUGCGAUUCGGCGACAGCUUCGUAAUUAUCUCGACGAUAAGCUUGGCGUGCGCGGUUCAAACUCGGCGAGUGUCUACGAGAAGCUCAUGGAUGAGGACGCGGCGACGGCGAACAAGCGCGAGGGGCUCAAGAGCGAGCAGGCCAAGUUUAUUCAGGCGCUGCAGAGCAUAGAGGACCUUGAGUCGGGGAAGUUGUCGGACACGGCGAGCGUGAUUGAGUAUGGCGGUGGGAUGCAGACUGAACCUGUGCUGCGGCGACGCGAGUCUGAUGCGACGAUGGAGAAUGAUGUUCACUAUGAUAAUGAUGAGGCGUAG